AGACAAUCAAGUGUGGCGUCGUGCAUGGAGAGGGUUUGUUUUGUUUAUGAUCGACGUUUUCCAUGGGAAUUGGAAAUUUAAUAGUGUCGAUGCAAAAUUGUACAGUAUUUUGUACUGUAUUUUGCGCGUUUCCAUAAAAUAAAUUGAUGGAAAAGUAGAUAUAUAUGAAUUAAUCAUUUUUUCUGAAAAAGUAGUGAUAGCCAACUUGUGUAUACAAACAAAAGCCAUAGUUUCUCCAUCACGUAUCCUUAUAGCGGGAAAUCUUCGGAGUGACGCGCACAAACGCUGUUAAUUUGUCACGAAGGCUGCUACAGUUUCGUAACCGCCUUGUUAUGUGGCUUUUUAAUCCUUGACAGUGGUUUUAUUUAAUUUUGAAAUAAAUUGACAAUGUCGGAAGAAAUGGCGGUGACUGAUAACGCUUCAAGUGAAGAUGCCAAAUCUAAUGGCGAAGAAACGGCAUCAGAUGCUGCCGUGGAGCCUGAUAUGGCUCCCCCAGAAACUCCGACGGAUUUAGAACAUCCCCCUGGUGAAAUGGAGCCAGUCACGGGCCCAGCAGACGAUGUCCUAAUCUCAAAGUUAGAGAUGUCAGAUGAAACAAUUGAAGACAAUAAUGAUGAACUGGAUGCGGAUAUACCACAGUCGGAGCCAGGGACAGCUCUGUUUGACAAACCAGACGAAGAUAUGAAAGAGGAUCCUGUUGAGGUCCCCAAGGAGGAUCCCGUAGAGGAGCUUAAAGUAGAGUUCCUACAAGGGGACUCUGAAGAGUUAGGGCCUCUUCAGAGUCCCCUUGACGAGGAACCUUCUGAGGUCCCGAAAGAGGAUCCUGAAGAAGUUCCAAAAGAGGGACCCAUUGAAGUCGAAAAGAAGGAGGAAGAAGUAGAGGAAGAGAAACGUGGUGUCAAACGUAGGGCCUCUGCAGCAUUCAGCGAUAGCGGAAAUGAGGAUUUCAAGGGAUUUGACAUGGUUGAUCCUAAUGACUUAUCUGGCUAUAACCUUGUUUUGGAGCGACUGGAAGCAGAAGUGACGGCAGCCACGAAGGAUUUCACUCCGGUGAGGAAAGUGAUGGCUACUCCUUCUGCUCCACUCCGAGCCUCCAAGAGACCAAGACAGGAUACAGAUGGAUCCAGACCAUCAUCAGCAUUGUCAUCGAGAUCAGAUGAAAUGGCAGGCGAGACGGGUUCGUCUGCCGGCCGCAGUCGCGGUCGCGGCGGGUCGUCUACAGAGAUGUCGUCGCCACUGUUCCGAGUGCCGCUAGAGAAGGGCUGGAGACGGGAACUGGUCUACAGAGCCGCUCUAGACGCGCACUCGAGGAGGAACGCUGACAUCUACUACUACACGCCCAAGGGGAAGAAACUGAGGUCCACUAGGGAGGUGGCGGAGCACUUAUCAGGCACAGGCCUUACUCUGGAGAACUUUUCAUUUUUCAAAGAACCACUGGGUGUUGAUGACCCUGAGAAGGAGAUCAUUAGGGACGCAAAAUUGAUCCGUCGCGUGGAAUCUCCCGUAUCGUCGGCGCCCCCUCCAGUAGUGACGGAGGGGAAACGUACGCCAAAACCGAAACCACCCAAGGGGGCCACUCCGGAACCUGUGCAAUCACCACCCGCUAAGAUCAAGGUGAAAUCCAUGGGUUCUCGCCUCGGCAACAGUUCCCCGGCUACGCCCAAGCAGGGUGCCGGCAAGAAGGGCAUUACCGCCCCCUCCACCCCGGCCUCGGACAACAACAACACUGCCGCCUGGAAGAAACCCAGCGAGGACAAGCGCCGCGGCGGACGGAUAGCAAACGGCGCGGCGUCCCCUCCCGCGGGGACGUCUCCCCGACGUAGGGGACGCCCGAAACUUGACGAAACUGACCACUUCACCGGCUUCUACGAACGCGCUAAGGAGAAGAACUACAAUGUCGUCGUACAGAUAUUCCAAUACUUGGGCAUGCGUGACUUGGCGCACUGCGCGCGAGUAUGCAAGUUAUGGAAGCAGAUGGCUUCGACGCCAGCGCUAUGGCGACAUGUGCGGAUGAAAAAUUCACAUGUCAGUGAUUGGGGUGGGUUAUGUUCCGCCCUCAAGAGUCACGGCACCAAGUGGCUGGAUCUGCGGAAGAUGCUGCUUCCUCAGAACGACACCGUAUUCUGGGAGCAAUUCGCUCAACACAUACCCUCUGUGGACACACUGGAAAGGAUAGAGCUAUGCCGUUGUCCGGCGCGUGCCGUCGAAGCUAUCUGCUGCAUGCCCAACUUGGUAGCCUUAUCGGCUCUGGCGAUAAGAGACGCGGCUCUAGACCCCGGCCCGCUGGCUCGACUCACGCGGCUCACCGAGCUACGGCUCAAGAGCAUGGCCGGGUUGGCUCUGGCUCGAGAUCUGCGUCCCUUGGCUACUUUAACUGCACUCACGCAUCUAUCCCUCACCUCGAUUAAGGAGUUGGGUUGGUGCGCGUGCGACGUGAUCGGCCAACUAUCCAACUUGGAAUCCCUAGAGUUGGGCGAGUGCACUUUCCGGGCCGAAUUUGCUGGCGUUUUGGCGCAACUCACUCGCUUGAGGCGGCUGCGGUUGGAACGCGGCACCGCGCAUUGUGCCGCGCCCGCCAUACUGCGGGCCCUGGCGCAACUGCCGCUCCUCACCCGGCUCGAGCUAGUCAACGUGGACGUCAAGGUCGGUUUCGACGACGCACUGGCCGAGUGCAAGAACAUCCAGCGAUUGCUGAUCAUACCCACGUACGUGUCGCAGUCCGCGACGACCAACAAGCAGGUGCUGAGCGGCGUCCUCCGCUUAAAGGACACGCUGACGCACCUGAUGUGGGGCGUCACUAUCGAGCUGUUGCGCGUCACAGAACUGUUCAUAGACCAGUGCGAGCAGUCCAUAGACAAGCGCCGCGAUAUCGGGGAGUGCAUCCCGGUGCUCAAACCCGUGCCCGGGUGCAGGCUGCCCGACCAUAGACACGUGCAGGGACCGCCGCAGGUGGAGAUUCUACCGUUGCCGACACUGCAGAGACUUCUGACCGCUCAGUUGCCGCACACCAAACUGAAGUUGCUACGCAUCCCCUUCCACGCCACCUGGCGGCAGUCCCUCGCAGACUUUCAGUAACCAAUACACAAACUAACACCAACCUUACAAAACGCCAAUAAAUGGCGUAACAUACACAAAACACCUACAUGACACUGGAUUUAUAUCAUGCACGUUUGGCUACCCGUGAAAUUACAAAAUUCUGCAAACGAUUUUAUACCCUAAUAGCUAUUCUGGUUUGCUAUUAAACUUGACACCCGACUGUCCUUUUUUCGCUUUUAGAUCAUGAAAAGAAAAGACUGUUAUCAAGUUUACAAAUAGCUAACACGAAUAGCCAAGCGAAGCGUUGGCAUAACGGCAAGUUAAGCUUCAAUAAUUGACUGUCAUUAUAGCAAAGAAAGUGACAUUGUGCCUGAUUCUGUCAUGGUUAUCUAAACUAAAAUCUCAAUUUGAUAGCAGUCCAUCCUUUUCGUUCUCUAAAGAACAUGAUAAGAAUAAACUAUUGUCAAAUUUAUUUUAAGGGAAUCGUGCCAGAAUCAAGCCCUGUAUCGCUUUAAAGCGAACUUUAGUAAUCUCGGCAAUAAGGAUGGAAAUCGGUUGGAGAAUUUUGACAUUUUUGUAUGGGCUCAAGAAUUGUGUACACUUGUUUCUUCUAUUUGACUAUAUUAAUACAGUCUUUUUCACAAAGCAUGGGAAUAUUUUAAAUAUUUUUUGUUAUAUAAGUUUCAUGUUUGUUUCGUAUAUUCGUAUUAUAACAGUAUUUAGCCAAAAGCUGGCAGCAUAGUAUUUACUUUCAUUAUCGUCCUUUGGCAUAGCUAAAUAGCACAACUUUUUUAAACAUAUCAUCAUGAUCCAAAUGCUUAUGGCAUACGUUCUAUAGACAUAGGGUUUUACCAUCACUCUUAAUUGUCAUAGUAACCAUGCUAUGUGAAAAUGACUGACACAAACAAUACUCGUAUAUCUCUGUUAAAAAAUGCCCGUUCAAUAUAGGAAAAUCGUGAUAAUUCAAGUGUCUUGAAUAUAUAAUAUAUUACACCAAUUUUACUUUUCAAUAGUAAGCGAUAAUAUGUAUUUAAUAAAAAUAAUAUUUAGUUAGAGUUAUAGUAUGAUGUUCAUUGAUUAGAAAAACUCAAGACUUAUUUUCUGUUUGUAAACGCACAGACGACUUUUGUUUUUUUUUUUGUAAUAUUUCUUCAAAUUACUGGAAUUAAAUAUGUAGACAUAGUUAUACCAAAUUAUAUUAUAAUACAUACUAUUCGUUUAGAUGCCUGCAGCCUCGUUUUAUAUCAUAACUUAUAUUUGGUUUUAUGUAAAUAAAUAAAUGGAUUAAAUGUAUGCCGCAGGAGGGUCACGCCAACUACAUCUCAGUAGUUACUAAGCAUCAUGCAUUUAUUUAUAAGAACUUUGUUUUGGUAAAUAAAUUACUGACUAUAUUAACGCUACCAUAUUUCUUUGUUCAAAUGUCAUAACAACCUUUUCUAUCAACUAAUCUGUCCCUGUUGAAAAUAUCACUAGAAGUUUCUAGAAUAAUUUCAGUUAUCCAAUAAUUUUAAUUUUUUAUAAAGUUUACUUGUUGAAUAUGAAAUCUUUAUUAUUUCUAUUAUUAUCGAUUUUGCUAUAGAUUUUUCAGAUCCAGUGUCAAUUAGUGGUGUGUUUGCGCAAUAAUUCGUAAGAGGGCGGUCUAUUCGCACCGCAACCUACACUCUUACUGAAUGUCUAUUGUACAGAAAGAUUUAAACAUAAUUUUCUAGAUUUAGAAAGUCAAUCCGUGGAAGUGUUAGGUUACGGUACGUAGAAUGGCUGUUCCCAUUGUCCCCACUAUAAUUAUAAAGGGAUAUAGGGAAUGUACCCGAAGAAAUAUACAUUUUAAUAUAAAGUUAAUAGCAAUGCUGAUGAUGGCAAGUAUUUUUAGUUUAUCUAAAGUGUGGGGACAAUGGGAAUGUAAUGAAUAUUGUUUUCAAUAUUUAUUUUUAAUUACAAUCAGUUUGUGGAUGCAGCAGUCGUAUUGUAUAGUUUUCGUGUGCCGUUAUCAAAUGUCGUUGUAAAUUCAUCGGUGUGCUGUUUUGACCGUUUGAAAUGAUAUAAGUUCUUGAUUUUGGAAGAAUAAUAAUAAGUCCACUUGAGCUUCGUUCCGAAUGCAUCGUUUUGACUAAAUCAAAAACACAUUGCUUGCUCAUAACUAUGUUGCCGAUCGUCAUUAAGUUACUUUAUCUGUUGAAAGCGAAAAACAGUUAAUAACACAAGAGGGACAGAUUUACUAUAAAUAUUACAGUCGCAACAAGUGCAAGGAAGAUAGCAAGAUGCUCCCAUCAGUACUGCCCAUGAAAAACUAACCUCAUAAUUGCUGUUGACCUAUUACGGAAGAUGAGUCUCGCUUGUAAUAGAAAAUCCUUAUCUUCUGUAGCAUUAAGAUCUGGAUUAUACAAGUAGUCUUCAUAGGGUUCCGUACCCAAAGGGUAAAAAUGGAACCCUAUUGCUGUCACUCUGUCGUCUGUCUGUCCGUAUGUCACGGGUCUCUAGAUCGUUAAAGGAAUGAGAUACAGAUCUGAAAUUUUGUAUAUGGAAUGCUUGCCCAAAGCCGAAUAUUUAGUUUAAAAAUUCAAUUGAAUUAUUUUUCAUGGGGGGUCGGAAUUCAUGAAAAAGAGACGGAUCUUUUUUUUUACCCCUACAUGUGACUCAUGAUUGUUGAGAACUUGUUGAGUAGGAUAUAAAUAUAGUUUUUAUUAUUAACAAUAACAAAGAGUAAAGCCUUGAAAGUUGUGAUUUUUAGACCAUUUUUGUUACGGGGUCUAUCUCUAAAUCUAAACUUAUCUAGAUAGUUUAUUUCUUAGUUAGAUAUCUGAAUUUUUGGUAUAUGAGGUCCCAUAUGCUCUAUUUAAAUAAAAAAAUACUGAAAACGUCGAUUCAUAAUGAGCUUUGUAAGUUGUGGCGGGAACAAACAAAUUCUUUCUAGAAAUUCUUUUUUCAAGAAAGAAUUCGACACGGCCAUCGGUGUCGCGGUAGCAUAAUGAUCAGUGUAUUCGCCAGGAUAGCGAAGGGUAAGGGUUCGAGUCCCGUCUGCUGCCU